UGGGGAACCUCCUAUAGAUGGACAGAAGAGGCCUCCUCAACUCCUUCAUGCAGCUUCGAGAAAAAUAUGGAGAUGUGUUCACAGUGCACCUGGGACCUAGGCCUGUGGUCGUGCUGUGUGGGACAGAGGCCAUAAGGAAGGCUCUGGUGGAUCAAGCUGAGGCUUUCUCUGGUCGCGGGACAGUUGCUGUGGUUGAGCCAAUUGUGAGGGGAUAUGGUGUGAUCUUUGCCAAUGGGGAACGCUGGAAGGCCCUUAGGCGAUUUUCUGUGGCCACCAUGAAGGACUUCGGGAUGGGGAAGUGGAGUGUGGAGGAGCGAAUAAAGGAGGAGGCCCAAUGUCUGGUGGAGGAGCUGCAGAAAUCCCAGGGAACCCCCAUGGACCCCACCUUCCUCUUCCAGUACAUCACAGCCAACAUCAUCUGUUCCAUUGUCUUUGGAGAGCGCUUUGACUACAAAGACCACCAGUUCCUGCGCCUCCUGGACCUGAUCUAUCAGACCUUUACACUGUACAGCUCAUUCUCCAGCCAGGUAGCUCCAGGUGGCCUCCUGGGUCCUUCUUUCUUGCAGAUGUUUGAACUCUUCUCUGGCUUCCUGAAGUACUUUCCUGGUGCCCACAAGCAAAUCUUCAAAAACAUGCAGGAAGUUCUCAACUACAUUGGCCAGAGUGUGGAGAAGCACAGGGCAACCUUGGACCCCAGCAAUCCAAGAGACUUCAUCGAUACCUACCUUCUACGCAUGGAGAAGGAGAUGUCCAACCCCCACACAGAGUUCCAUCACCAGAACCUCAUGAUCUCCGUGUUGUCUCUCUUCUUUGCUGGCACUGAGACCACCAGCACCACGCUCCACUACGGCUUCCUGCUCAUGCUCAAAUAUCCCCAUAUUGCAGAGAGAGUCCAAAAGGAGAUCGAUCAGGUGAUCGGCUCACACCGUCUACCAACCCUUGAUGACCGCACCAAAAUGCCUUACACUGAGGCUGUCAUCAAUGAGAUUCAGAGAUUUUCAGAUCUCGCCCCGAUUGGUGUCCCACACAAAGUCACCAAAGACACUUUGUUCCGAGGGUACCUGCUCCCCAAGAACACUGAAGUGUACCCCAUCCUGAGCUCAGCUCUCCAUGACCCACAGUACUUUGAACAACCAGACACCUUCAAUCCUGACCACUUCCUGGAUGCCAAUGGGGCUCUGAAGAAAAAUGAAGCUUUUAUGCCCUUCUCUAUAGGAAAGCGCAUUUGUCUUGGCGAAGGCAUUGCCCGCAACGAAUUGUUCCUUUUCUUCGCCACCAUCCUCCAGAACUUCUCCAUGUCCAGUCCCGUGGCUCCUGAGGACAUUGACAUCAGUCCCAAGGAGAUUGGCUUCGGCAAAGUGCCCCCAACAUACCAGAUCUGCUUCUUGGCCCGCUGAUUGGGCUAAGGUGGCCGGGUCUCCCCGCUCCUGUUGAGAUGGCCCCAUCUUUAUGCCUCUGAGAAACCUGCUGGAAACCAGGCCCUCAGUCACUGCUCACUUCCUUCCACCUCACUGCAGCUUCUGCAAAGCUCUAAGAUGUGUUCUACUCCCCUGUGAAUGGCACUGGAGAAAUCAAACAAAUAAAUGUCUUUCUAGAAGUACAAA